UACAAAUAAAAAUAAAAAUAAAUUGUAAUAUCUCAGCCGUCGACCCUAGAGCUCAGAUAGAGCUCAUCACUGACCCUCCCCAGUGCGAGCGCCGUCGCGCCAGUCCUCUCCGAUCGUCCCAGCAUUUUCUGCGUGCCGAUUUGCAAGCCAAUCUCCUCCACGGUUUUACAACUUCACUUUCAAUAAAGGAUAUUGGCGCUUUACCAUGGACCAGUACGAAAAAGUUGAGAAGAUUGGUGAAGGAACCUACGGUGUAGUUUACAAGGCUCGUGACCGUGUCACUAAUGAGACAAUAGCUUUGAAGAAGAUCCGUUUGGAGCAGGAAGAUGAGGGAGUGCCAAGCACAGCUAUAAGGGAAAUUUCUCUCUUGAAGGAAAUGCAGCAUGGAAACAUUGUCAGGUUACAGGAUGUAGUGCAUAGUGAGAAGCGGUUGUAUUUGGUUUUUGAGUACCUGGACUUGGAUCUGAAGAAGCACAUGGAUUCUUCUCCUGAAUUUGCAAAGGAUCUACACCAGAUAAAAAUGUUUCUUUAUCAAAUUCUCCGUGGCAUUGCUUAUUGUCAUUCUCAUAGAGUUCUCCACCGAGAUCUCAAGCCCCAGAAUUUGCUGAUAGAUCGUCGCACCAAUGCACUAAAGCUUGCAGAUUUUGGAUUGGCAAGAGCUUUUGGUAUUCCAGUCAGAACUUUUACUCAUGAGGUGGUGACCCUUUGGUAUAGAGCACCAGAAAUAUUGCUUGGAUCCCGUCAUUACUCCACCCCAGUCGAUGUAUGGUCGGUGGGUUGUAUUUUUGCUGAGAUGGUGAAUCAACGACCGUUAUUUCCUGGGGACUCGGAGAUUGAUGAGUUGUUCAAGAUAUUCAGAAUCUUGGGUACCCCUAACGAGGAUACAUGGCCGGGAGUGAGUUCCUUGCCUGAUUUUAAAUCUGCCUUCCCGAAGUGGCCAGCGAAGGACUUGGCUACUGUUGUUCCAAAUCUUGAAUCAGCUGGUCUUGAUCUACUUUCCAAAAUGCUCUGCUUGGAUCCCACCAAGAGAAUUACAGCCAGGAGUGCUCUUGAGCAUGAAUACUUUAAAGAUAUUUCGUUUGUGCCCUGAAUCCCGCGUUCAUCGUCAAGGCAGACAAUUGUCUAUAGUAUGUCUAGAACCCACUGGAUUUUGAUUGUUUGAGAAUUGUGUGCAUGUGAAUUUUUUCCCCCCCACCAAUUUGUUGGACAUAGUUCAGAUAAUGUUGAUUUGGUCUCUUACCUGAUUUCUAGCCCAAGUGGGCGGUUGUCUGCACUCUCCGGCCCCCCUCUCUCUUUCAGGCUCUUGAAAGAUACGCGUCCAUGUUUUCAUGAAUUGCUCGAGGAAUGGAAAAUAUGUUAGGCUUGCCUUUUAUCUGCCAUCGUGUUUGUGUUUUCUAUCUUGAUAGAACAUGUAAAAGAUUAGUGAGAUCUGUUACGCAAUUCACAUGCUUGGUGAAUUUGUGCUGUUGCAAGACUGAAUUUUAUGUUGACUAACAAUCUCAGGUACCACAUUAUUAUGGUAUCAAUAUUGAUUUAUA